AACUGCAUUGCUGCGACGCCCAGCGGCGCGGCGAUGAGGGGCAUAAAUACGUGCCAGGUGGGAAUCGAUCGAUCGAUCGAUCACACACUGUCUGCUAGUGGGCACAUCUACUACGCCUCGUCUUCUUCGUGUUCGCUGGCUGCACGCAUGCACGCACAAGGGUUCCAUGUGAGCCGACGUAUCUCCACUCCACUGUCAUUUAUGAUCGCUUGCCCUUGCACGCGCAUCAGUCUCCUCUCUGACUCUGAAGCGUGCAUGCGUACGUGUGUGUGUAUAUAAGCAAGCGCUCGCGAGCAUCGCCUAGCUAUCUUAGCUUGCUCAGUCUCGCUGUCUGCUCUCUAGCUUCCUCAGUUCCUGCUGUGGUGCUAGCCGGUUUAAUGAGGAGGCCUGCUGGCGUGGGAGCUCGGUGGGCGCCGGCGCUGGCCCUUGCGCUGGCCAUGGCAUUGGCGUCGUGCUCGUGCGUGACCCAUGGCGCCAGAACCACACCAAGUUCAGGCGCCGACGGCCUACGACCUGGCCGUGAGGCGACGCCGUCCGGAACCGCAGGCCGGGACGACGACGACGACAACGACGGAGGGCAGGCGGCAUCACCGUCCCAUCAGGAGAAGCGGGGCCAGGCGACGCGGGAGGGGGAGGAGGAGCAAGGGAUGAUGACGCUCAAGGAGCGAGCGGUGACGGGGUCGCGGCUGCCGGACUGCGCGCACGCGUGCGGGGCGUGCGCCCCGUGCAAGCGGGUCAUGGUCAGCUUCCGGUGCGCCGAGGCCUCCGAGUCGUGCCCCAUCGCCUACCGCUGCAUGUGCCGCGGCAGGUUCUUCCGCGUCCCCACCCUCUAGCUCGCCGUGCUCUGCAACGUACCCCGGUCGCGCCACUACUUUUACCUUGUGAUUUUGCUCUUGUUUGGUGUUGGCGUGAUGCUUGUGGACCGUUUGUUCCUCGAGUGUUGUAAGUAUGUAGUAAAAGUUAAUGUGCUGCGACAUAUCACUCUCUUCUUUUGAAGAAAAAAAGAACAAGUAGACGAUGACUGAUCACGGGUUAGCGGUCAUAAGGAUUUGGACGCGGCUAGGGAACGGCCAGGUGCUCCCUAGCAUCCCGUGGCGGCCUGUCAUAAAAAAAAACUUUUGGUCCCCCCUAACAAAAAGGAAAACUAGCCAGUCCACGCCACAACGCGCUCUCCUCACCUGGUCUGCGCCUCCCCUCACGUGCUUCCGCU